AUGCCCCCCAAUCUGCGCUUCUCUUCCAAUUAUGCCGGACCUCUCCCUUCUUCCCAACAAUUGCAGCGACGGCGACACCACGAGUUCAUCGCCGUUCAACCCGGCGACAAGGACGACCACCGUCUCAGCCGACGAGGAGUUCGGAGCUUAGCUACAGCAGCCGCCGUUUCAACCGCCGCGAAUCGUGGCGGCGUGGAGACUUUCUUCGCCGAUGAAGGCGUUUCGUGGACUGCUCUCGGCUUGUCAGACACAAUCUCUCAAGCUCUAUCUAGUGCCGGAUUCAACCGUCAGUCUCUUGUUCAGGCUGAGUCCAUUCCGUCGAUUCUUUCCGGGAAGGAUUCGAUCAUUGCGGCGGAGACUGGCAGUGGGAAAACGCAUUCCUAUCUAGUUCCUCUGAUUCACAAGCUAUCCGCUUCUAGCGGCGGCGCUGUUAGUGGUUCUGCUUCUGAUAAGGGUUUCAAACCUUCCCGUGAAGUUUCUCUUGUUCUUUGCCCCAACGUCUUGCUAUGCGAACAAGUGGUUCGGAUGGCGAAUGGGCUUCGUGAUGACAAUGGCGACCCACUGAUCAAAGUUGCAGCAGUUUGUGGGAGGCAGGGAUGGCCAGUUUAUCAACCAGACAUUCUUGUAUCUACCCCAGCUGCCCCAACGUCUUGUUGUAGUGGCUUGUUUGUCUCUGGCUGCUAA